GUGGUUUUCUCUUCUACCCUUUUCCCACGGGCUGUACACGUAGAACGAAGCAGUGUCAUUUGGACACUCAAGCAAUAAAUUUUACCAAUUAAGUUAAUUAAAAGUUAGUAUUAAAACCCGAUAGAUUGACAGCGACAGUCACUCAAUAACAGCCAGGUGGGAAAGUGGAAGUCAAAAUGUCUCCAUCAUUAUUUGAAUCUUCAAAAAUGACACCCUUCAGCACGUCCAUGGCAGGCCUAAGGGCUCAAGGAUCAAACGAGGAUUGCCAAGGAUUAGUUCAAAAUCGAGUAAUUGCUGCAGCCAACGCUGAACCUGCUGAUAGUUGCGAAUUCGGUUCGAAUCAUUAUUUUGCGUUAUGUGGUCUUGGUGGAAUUUUGUCUUGCGGCAUAACGCACACCAUGAUUACUCCCCUGGAUUUAGUCAAAUGCCGAAUCCAAGUUGACCCAGCAAAAUAUAAAUCUGUCUUCAAUGGUUUCAAAGUAACGUUAGCCGAAGAUGGAGUUCGAGGAUUGGGCAGAGGUUGGGCCCCUACCUUCUUUGGUUACUCCGUUCAAGGAUUGUUUAAAUUUGGUCUCUAUGAAGUUUUCAAAGUGUAUUAUUCAGAAAUCGCUGGAGAAGAAUUAGCAUACGAUUAUCGAACAACAUUAUAUUUAGUUUCAUCUGCAUCGGCAGAGUUUUUCGCCGACAUUGGUCUCGCACCUUUCGAAGCUGCCAAGGUGAGAAUUCAAACAAUGCCUGGCUAUGCCAACAAUUUGCGUGAAGCGUUCCCGAAAAUGAUGUCUGAGGAAGGUUUGAGUAGCUUCUACAAAGGUCUCGUUCCAUUGUGGCUCCGUCAAAUUCCGUACACCAUGAUGAAGUUUGGCUGCUUCGAACGAACAGUAGAACUUCUCUACAGUAACGUUGUGCCUAAACCACGAGCGGAAUGCACUAAAGGCGAACAACUUAUCGUCACCUUUACUGCCGGAUACAUCGCCGGUGUUUUCUGUGCUGUUGUUUCGCAUCCCGCUGACACUGUGGUUUCCAAGUUGAACCAGGAGAAAGGCGCUACAGCAGGAGACGUUUUGAAGAAGCUUGGAUUUGGCGGCGUUUGGAAGGGGCUUGGACCCAGAAUCAUCAUGAUUGGUACCUUAACAGCAGCUCAAUGGUUUAUUUAUGACGCAGUGAAGGUAUGGCUUCGCAUGCCGCGUCCACCUCCACCAGAGAUGCCCGAAUCAUUGAAGAAGAAGAGAGGUCUAGCUUAAUUUCUCCCGAUCAAAAUUAAUUGCUUUGUCAGUCGAUGAAGCUAGGAAGAAACUAGACGAAUUUUAAAAAUUCCCUUCCUGAAAGAACGCUGUUUUUGCGAAAGAAAAAACUCAGCUCCUGUAUUUUUUUAAUUAACUUGAUUUUUUAUGUAUAAAAAAAUAAUUUUACUCACUCUCCCGUAAAUACUGUUAAUACUGCCCACAAAUCAGGAAGGUGAUAAUGGUAAUUGCACAUGCGACAGUUGUUAGUUCUGUCUGUACAAUUCCGCAUAUUGUUAAAUAAAUCUUUUAAAAUUUAGAAACGACAUUAAGGAGCCUGUGAUGUACGAAUAUCUGUCGCAAUGUAAAUACAAUGAUCGUCAUCAAUAAACGAUCGAAUUAUA